UGUCGUUAAGAACUCCUUUCCGACUGAACUUUAUGGUGAGGAAAGCCAUGGUUUGGUUGUAGGCCCCCUAUAUUUAAGGGUCGAUCUUUUACUUCAAGAUUUCUAUUUUCGACUUCCAGAGGCUAGAGAUAGAGCCGAACCUGGAACGGAACCGAAGUCUGCAAAUUCGUUACCGCUUGCAUGUUGUGUGUACACGUACACAUGGGCAGAAAACAUAAUAGACCCCACAAGGAAUUCUUUAGAAAUCUAGUGUAAGGGAAACGCUGUGGAGUUUGAGAUUUCAAUAGGAACACGUCUUCCACACAUAUCCUUGCUCAUAAUGGCUACAGUAUUAUGUGUGUGUACAAGUUAACGUUGGUCUAUAUGCUCCAUCAUUGUCCAUGCAUGCUGUUAAACUACCAACGUUUUGUCACCGUAGUUUGACUAAAUUCGCGCACAAAAUGCCUGCUUUUUGUGUUGUUUAUGGUUGUGGAGCUCAAUCAAAGCGGCGUGGUGGAGCUCGAGACAACGGCUUGAAAUUCUUCCGAAUUCCCAAGGUGAAGGUGCACGUAGGAAGCAAGGCGCGGGAGCUGUCGGAGAAACGUCGCAGGUUGUGGAUUUCUGCGAUCGGCCGUGCGGACAAGAAAGACUUCAACACGCAUGCUAGAGUCUGUUCCCGGCAUUUUGCCAGUGGAAAGAGUGCCAAGGAUUGGGACACAACCAGCAUUGAUUGGGUCCCAACUCUCUGUCUCUGCCACAGUAAUGUGAAACAAGCAGACCGUCCAACUGCUGAUCUGAAACAACCUGACCGUCCAACUGCUAAGCUGAAACAGCCUGACCGUCCAACUGCUAAGCUGAAACAGCCAGACCGUCUAACUGCUGAGCUGAAACAACCAGACUGUCCCACUGCUGAGCUGAAACAACCAGACCGUCCCACUGCUGAGCUGAAACAACCAGACCGUCCAACUGCUGAGCUGAAACAACCAGACCGUCCCACUGCUGAGCUGAAACAACCAGACCGUAGAACUGCUGAGCUGAAACAGCCAGACCGUCCAACUGCUGGGCUGAAACAGCCAGACCGUCCAACUGCUGAGCUGAACCAGCCAGACCGUCUAACUGCUGAGCUGAAACAACCAGACCGUCCCACUGCUGAGCUGAAACAGCCAGACCGUCUAACUGCUGAGCUGAAAACCAGCUUGGAAAAGAAAAGGCAUCUUUAUUACUGCUGUGUGCCUCAGUGUACCAACAGCUCGCAACACAAUCCCGAGCAAAAACUUUCGUUUCACAAGUUUCCCGACGAUGAGAACCUAAGAAAAGUAUGGGCAGCGAGGAUUCACCGCAUCAUUGGUCCAAACUUCCAGAUUAAAUAUGAAACCAAAGUGUGCUCAGCCCAUUUCAAGCCUGGAGAAUUUGUGAGAGUCUUCGGAACAAAGAGAAAACUGAAGAAGGGAGCUGUGCCAAGCAUUUUCAAGUGGACUGCAGGAAUCAAAGAAAGACCACAUUCUCUAAAUAGAAGACCUUCAGUCCUGAAUGGGACACUGAGAUUUGAGGAUGCUGGGACAUCAGUGGCUAGGUAUAAAUCUCUCAAUGCUCAAGUAAUGCACCAUAGCCUUCAAGCAAUGCACCAUAGCCUUCAAACACUUCGGCAUAAAUUGGAGGAUGCUCACCAGACAAUUCACCAUCUCGAGGAUGCGUUAGGAAAGCAGCAGAUAGAGAGGUUUGGCAUAGGAAGCAUCUCAGCAGACCCGCAGUUGGUGAUGUUUUACACAGGCUUUACUGACUAUCAAACUUUCCAGGCUGUUUACAUGAGCAUCGAGCCAACCUGUGAGAAAAUGAUAGGAUGGGGGAAAGUUAUUCAACUUGAAGGUGACCGUCAAGAGAAUUUCUUCUGCAGCGAAGACUUGACACUCUUGAACCAGUUUUUUCUGUUCCUGUGCCGAGUCAAGGUGGGGCUCCUUCAGCAAGAUUUGGCCGUAAGAUUCCAUGUUUCCCGGGCGACAGUGAAUAGAGUCCUCAUCCACUGGACAAAAUAUUUGCAUUUUGUUCUGGGAUCACUUGCGAUCUGGCCAUCCCGGAAUGUCGUUGGGCAAAGUAUGCCUGAAUGCGUCAAGACCAUACAUCCAAAAAUGAGGGUCAUCUUAGAUUGCUCUGAGGUGAAAGUUCAAAACCCAAGGCCUAAUUUCAGUGCUCAGCACUCUGAGCCGUACCCAAGUGACAGAUGUCACACCACCUUCAAGGGACUCGUGGGAGUAACGCCAUCAGGUGCCGUUUCCUUUGUCAGUCAUCUCCACUCCAGCGGUCUGUCAGACAAGGAACUCACUGAGCAGUCUGGCAUACUUAAGCUGCUGGAGAAAGGGGACCAGGUUAUGUUCGAUACAGGUUUCCCUAUUGGUGACAUGUUGCAAGAAAUAGGGUGCACCCUUGUCUUCCUACCGUAUCCGCGGCAAGAAACAAGUGGAUUUGUACCUGAAGUCACUUCUAGACCCAAUGUCGAAAGAUUGCGAACGCAUGUUGAACAUGUCAUCAGAAGAGUGAAAGAAUUCCACAUAUUUGAUGGUGUGAUUCCAUUCAGUCUUGCAUGUUCAAUUAAUCAACUGUGGACAGUCUGUUGCCUUCUUACAAAUUUCAAGAGGCCAUUGUGCUAAAGAACACAACUCACUGCAUGCCAAACUGGGAAGAAAAAUACUCAAAUGUGAAGUUGAUGAAAACAAGUUUAUAAGGUGAGGUUUUCGGGGUGUGGUCAUGAAAUUUCUGAAGAACCAAUCGCGCAGGAAUGAAACUACACACUUUUCCCUGGAAGUCUGGAACAAUCUGCCAGUAGGUGGCGCUAUACUCAUGACAGCAUAUAUGCUCACAGUCACACAAGUUUGCUUACCAAAAAAAAAACCCCAAAAGGGAGACUCACACCCCACUCCUAAUGCCAGCCCUCAACUCAAGCGAAAGCCCAUGGUCUAGUCAGGGAUGUAGUCGAGUCCAUCGCAAGUACAUGGAGAAUUUUACAAGUAAAUCACAAGGAGUCGGGACAAUUCACAAGUACGGUCAUAAGGAAUAGUGGAUGAAUGACUUUGUCAAAACUUAUAUGAAGGACUUGUGAUGGACUUGCAAAGACUCGUGAGGAUUUAAAUACAUCCCUGGUUGCAGUUUUGGUCAGAAAAUACAGGGGUAUUGCAAUUUCGAAUUUGUUUUAUUUGUUUGCAUUUUUUUUUUAAUAUUGUACAUUUUUUGAAAUUCCGUAUUAUAUAGCUGGCUGCAGCUGGCAAAUGAUGCUUAAAGCUUGCAAAAUAUGAAUAGGGAAAUAAUCUACAAAUUGUUAUAAACUCUAGAAAUAAUGAUGACUAUACAUAGAAGAUGUUAUAACUUUGAGGUACAUGUACCUGUUAUAUAUUUCAGUUAUUUAUCAAGACUUGAAAAGGAAAAACCCUUGAGUGAAUUAAUUACUAGGAUCCUUUCUCACUCUUGUAAAAUCCAGUUGUGCAUUUCAGUUAUGCAUUUACAUGUAAUUGAUUGAGAUAGAUUUAAUGAAAAUAUGAUAUUGAAAAAACAAGUA